CGUUGAUCAGUGUUGAUUUCUUACAUGCAAUCGUCACCUCCUCUAAAUUGGUUUCUUCUCAGUCAACUUAGUAAUUUCAUGAAAGCAAUUGUCAGAUUGUUUAGUGAUUGAUUCUUGAAUUAUUAUCAUAAUUCGACUUUCUAUCAAGUCGAUAGUUGAUUGGUUAACGCGACGAGACAUCUGGUUGGAUGAUCAACUGUAUGCUUCACUCUAUAUAAUCUCAGUAAUUUCUUCUUCAUUGUGAAUAAAUUAUUUGACAACGUUGAAAUGACUACACGUGAUUACAAAAGUGACUGCAUAAUUUUUGAUGAUAGUUAUGAAGGAUAUUCAGCGAAGAAUUUCACUUUACCAGAAAUCUAUGAAAAACAUAUUUCAACCAUUUUGGUUCCAAGUGGAAUGAUUGAGAAUCGUUUGGAAAGAAUGUCUAUUGAUAUACUGAGUGAUUAUGAGAAAUCUGGUGUACAAUCUGUCUACGUGAUUUGUAUAUUGAAAGGAGGUUUCAAAUUUGCUUCCGACUUAUUCAAAGCAUUACAAGAGUAUUCAUUUACACGUCGAAAUUACAUAAAAGUUAGUAUUGACUUCGUCGCUGCAAGUACAUACGUU